AUGAAGCUCAACAUCUCCAACCCCGCCAAAGGCACCCAAAAACUAAUCGAAAUUGAGGACGACCGCAAACUCCGCGUCUUCAUGGACCGCCGCAUGGGGCACGAAGUAGCCGGCGACAGCGUAGGCGACGAAUACAAAGGCUACGUCUUCAAAAUCACAGGCGGCAAUGACAAGCAAGGCUUCCCGAUGAAACAAGGGAUCAUGCACCCCACAAGAGUCAGGCUACUAUUGAGCACAGGGCACUCGUGCUACAGGCCCCGGCGGACGGGCGAGCGAAAGAGGAAGUCGGUGCGAGGGUGUAUUGUGGGCAUGGAUUUGGCGGUGCUGGCACUCACGAUUGUGAAGCAAGGAGAUAAUGAGAUCCCUGGCGUAACGGAUACGAAUAUACCGCAGCGGCUGGGGCCGAAGAGGGCGACGAGGAUUAGGAAGUUUUUCAAUUUGGGGAAGGAUGAUGAUGUCCGCAAAUUCGUCAUCCGCCGUGAAGUCCAGCCUAAGAAGGAAGGCGCAAAACCCUAUACCAAAGCCCCGCGUAUCCAGCGUCUCGUUACUCCUCAGCGUUUGCAGCAUAAACGUCAUCGUAUGGCUUUGAAGAAGCGACAGGCGGAGGCUACUAAGGAUGCUGCUAAUGAUUACGCACAACUAUUGGCGAAGCGCGUGAACGAGGAGAAAGCGAAGAAGACAGAGCUGAGGAGUAGGUUUCUCCUUCCCAAUCCUAUCUUUUUCACCUUUUCGUCGCAGCAGGCUAACACAAGGUAG